AUGAUAACAGCAGCAGCAGCAGAAACUGAGGAAGGAGUGGUACCAGAAGAGCCCCUGUCGGGCAACGAGCCUUUGGAGGCAGCAACCCUCAAUGCUGAAGUUGUUGUUGAUGAUGAUGACGAUACCCUCACUUUGAAGGAGAUCAGAUGCAGAAGGUUCUCUCAUAAAGUGGCUUCGCUGUUAUCGUCAUCUGCUGCUGUUGGUGACGGCAAUACGAUCAUUCCUAAGACGGGUACGACCGGUCUGCCUCCAUUUUUACGUUCCUAUGGCAGCACGUCUAAGCGCGAGGAACGACUUAUGCACUACCUCCAAUAUGCUGCACGAUUCUGUGAUAGGGGAGUUAAAAUAGAGAAAUACUUGAAAGCGACUUUGGAGGAAUUCUCAGUGGGUUCACAGCCUGAUGGUAUGGUGCAAAGGGUGACACGAUUUAAGGAUAUGAGGAUGCGUAUACCAGUGAUGAUAACAGAGAUAUUCAAACAACGAAAAGAUUCCUUGCAAACGCGAGUCAAGUAUCUGGGUGACGCUGCAAUUCGCGAGGAAUUUGGCCAUGGACGUUCGAGUGCACUAAAAGUUUUGGUCAACAUAGAUGAGCGCGUGAGAAUUAUGGAGUAUUAUCACGAGGGGAGAGCAGAUAGGUUGCAAAGAACUGUUGAGAAAAUUGGGGAAAAAAUUAAAGAGUAUUUUAUCGAUCGCGAUGAUAUGUUGGAGUAUCACUCAGUGAAAUUAGACCGUGAACUGAUGGGAAGUGUGGUGGGCAAAAGUCUACCGAGUUUACCGAUUG